UGGACAUCAGUCCACCAUCCAUUAUUCUUCUUUCGCCUCAACUCUCGUGACAAAUGGCUCAGACGGUGGGAUCGAAACGCAAAUCUCGUCCUUCGGGCGUCUCGGAAGCAGGCUCUCCUGCAAAAAAGUCGAAGACUAACACAGCCCGCAAGAGCACAGGAGGAAAAGCCCCUCGUCGAUCUUCAACAACUGUUCGGCAAGACGACGAGCCACCGAAGAAAGGUCGAAGGUUUCGACCUGGUACGGUGGCAUUGCGCGAGAUUCGCAAGUAUCAGAAGAGCACAGAUCUGUUACUUCGGAAGCUACCUUUUUCGCGUCUGGUCCGAGAAAUUGCCCAGGACAUGACCACAUCGACAAAUGGUGAAAUGUACGAACUCCGGUGGCAAAGUUCUGCUCUGCUGGCGUUGCAGGAGGCAACAGAGGCGUUCUUAGUGCAUCUGUUCGAAGACGCCAAUCUCUGUGCAUUGCAUGCCAAACGGGUGACUAUUAUGCAACGCGACAUUCAGCUUGCGCGACGCAUAAGAGGACCUUGGGGUGGCGUUUCAUGAACAAUCCUUACGAAUAUUCUUUCAUUACUCUCAUUAUUUGGCUACUUGUACUCGAUUAUUCAGGUGUUUUAUUAUGAUGUAGCACGAUCCCGCGAUACCCUCUGAAACAACAUUCCUUCCAGCGAAACCUCUUUAUAUGAUAUAUAUCCGAUAUGCUGCUUGACCUACUUAAAAGCAGAAAAAACUCGAAUACGUCGGUUUUUUUACUCCAAACCAAACCAAAUAUGUAGUGUGAUGAAUUUUGCCGUG